AUGCUGUCAGUCGCAACACUAUCCAUUGUCAUAGUAGCGCUAUUAGGAGGUCGCGAUAUUGAAGCCACGUUCUUUCCUGGAUCAUCCAGAUCUGCUUCCUUUCUCAACUCUCGUCAUCACUUCAGGAAACAUCCCAUCGACAUGCCUUCAGUUUCCGAGAAAGGCCGACCUCAGCAGGAUGAAAAAGCCUUCUCUCCCAUGGACAUGAAGCCAAUGCUGUCCAAAGAUCUGAAACAACUCCGUUAUGUGGGUUUGUUGGUUGAUACCUUUGCUCGAGUGGGUCAACGCCGGCCACCGUCUCCCUCCAAGACAAAGCACGUUCGAUUGAUUGCCAUUUCUGUAUCGCCAUACGUCGAAAAGGUUCGUUGGGGACUUGACUUGCUGGAAGCAGACGCAACGAGUCCAGUUUAUUUUACCGAAGACUGCCAUCCUCCAGGUUGUUGUGCGCUGUACACCGUGAAAGCAUCUAACGAUCAAGCGUCACAAUCACCAAUGAUUGUUGAUCCCGAGGGAAAAGUGCUGUGGGGUAGUGAUGCUAUCCUGCAGCACUUGUUUAUUGAUAACGAGAACACAGCGGUAGAUUUGUAUCCCAACGAAAUUCGUGAAGAUAUUAUCCAGUUCGAAAGGGACCUGGGACUCAGACUUGGCGCUAGUGCUCGCUGUUUGGCGUACAAUUCAUUGCUGGACCCUUCCAAGAGAUACUACGAGACUGCCACCAAAGUCUUGUGCAACCACAGCCCAUGGAUAGAGAAAUUAAUGUACAAGAUGUUGCUGUACAGCGGCAAGAUUGCUGAAGUCAUGAGCAAAACGCUCAACGUGUUUGAUCCACAAGUCAUUGAGAAUUCCGAAGAGCAAGUCCGACAAGUCUUUGUUGAAUUGUCCGAAAAGCUUGAACAAGCAAAGUCGGCUUCACCAGACAACAAAGAAGUGUAUCUCAUGGACACGCCAACGAAGCAGUAUGGAUUCACUGCGGCCGAUUUGAGCUUUGCCGCCUUGGUGUAUUUUCUCCUACGUCCGCCGGAAAUGGGACCUUUCCAUGUCCCCCUGACCGACUCGCCACCUCUUCUCGUGGCGCUCCAUCGAGAACUAAUGAACACUACAGCGGGUCAACACAUUUUGAAAGUCUACCGCCAGCACCGACCAGUCCACAAACAAACUCGACAAAUGGUGGUUCGGAGCGUCAAUCAGAACCGGAUCCCUUGGAAGGGCAUAGCAGGCACAGUGGUGGCUGGGCUGGGCGUUGGCAUAGUGCUCCUGUUUGGUCGUACCGGAAUGAAGCCGCCGAUAGGAUGA